UCAUAGACUCUGCUGCAGCUGCUUCUACGGUUCGCUGGAGAUCCCUGGCGGUGGUUUUUCGUCUUUCUGUCGUCCCGGGAAACCCUGAGAAGCAGCCGCAGCCUUUAAUGAACUCCAUUCAUCUGGACCAGCAGGACCGAGGCGAUUUUUCCCCCGUCUUGCAGACUGACGUAACAAUAUUACAAUGAAAGAAUGCAUUUUCUUGGGCUCUAUGAAAGUCUCGGCGCUCGUAUAGUCACCAGGGGGCAUGCACACGUCAAUGCAGCGCGGGAAACAUUUUAACAUCGUAAGAUUGUAACGUCGGAUCGGAGGAACGUUCGAAUGGACGCAGGAGCAGCUCCGCGGUUCUUCAUAUCGCUGUAGUUUGUGUCACGGGAGGUUCCUGCUGCCCCCAUCCAUCCAUCUCUCCGGCUGUUGUUGUGAAUUGAUCUAACAUGGCGACUGUACCCGUCUAUUGCAUCUGCAGAUUACCUUACGACGUAACCCAGUUUAUGAUCGAAUGCGACGCCUGCAAAGACUGGUUUCACGGAAGCUGUGUGGGAGUGGAUGAAGAUGAAGCACCAGAUAUUGACAUCUAUCACUGUCCUAACUGUGAAAAGACCCACGGUAAAUCCACCUUGAAAAAGAAAAAGAGCUGGAAUAAGCAUGACACGGGACAAAGUGGAGAUGUCAGACCGGUUCAGAACGGCAGUCAGGUGUUCAUAAAAGAGCUGCGCAGCAGGACAUUCCCCAGUUCAGAAGAUGUGGUGGUCAAGCUGUCUGGAAGUCAGCUGACGUUGGACUACCUUGAGGAGAAUGGGUUCAAUGAGCCAAUUCUCAUCCAGAAGAAAGAUGGGCUGGGGAUGGCUAUGCCUGCACCCACGUUCUACGUCAGCGAUGUGGAAAACUAUGUCGGACCUGAUGUUCUUGUGGAUGUUGUUGAUGUAACCAAACAGACACAAAGUAAAAUGAAGUUAAAAGAGUUUGUUGAUUUUUACUACAGCACAAACAGAAAGAAAGUAUUAAAUGUGAUCAACCUAGAGUUUUCAGACACAAGAAUGGCCAGUGUUGUUGAGAGUCCGCAGAUAGUUCGGACGUUGUCCUGGGUGGAGAAUUACUGGCCCGACGAUGCAUUGUUGGGGAAGCCUAAAGUGUCCAAAUACUGUCUGAUCUGUGUGAAAGACAGCUACACAGACUUCCACAUUGAGUGUGGAGGUGCCUCUGUGUGGUAUCACGUACUUAAGGGAGAGAAAAUCUUCUUUCUGAUCAAGCCCACUUCUGCCAAUCUUUCUCUGUACGAGCGCUGGAGGUCCUCCUCCAACCACAGCGAGAUGUUUUUUGCUGAUCAAGUGGACAAGUGUUACAAGUGCACACUGAAACAAGGGCAAACUCUUUUCAUUCCAUCAGGUUGGAUUAAUGCAGUACUCACGCCUGUAGACUGCUUAGCCUUCUCUGGGCAUUUUGUCCACAGUCUGAGCGUGGAGAUGCAAAUGAGAGCAUAUGAGGUAGAAAAAAGAGUCAAAGUUGCCAGCCUCACUCCAUUUCCAAACUUCGAAACAGCAUGUUGGUAUGUGGGAAAAUACUACCUGGAGCGGUUUAAAGGUUUACAUAAAGCAAACAAGCAGCCACCACCUUACUUGGUACAUGGUGCCAAAAUUGUCAAUGGAGCAUUCAGAUCAUGGACUAAAAAACAGGCUCUUUUAGAACAUGAGGAUGAGCUUCCAGAAAACAUGAAGCCAGCACAGCUCAUCAAAGACCUUGCCAAAGAGAUUCGGAUUUCAGAGAAUGCAACAAAAGCCAUAAAGAGUGAACCCAGCAACUCGAAGCCCCCGGCAGAGGAACCCCCAUCUGCUCCGUCAGAACCAGAGGAACCCAUGUCUCCUGCCCACAUCUCCACCCCCACAAGAGAAAAGCCAGCCAGGAAGAAAGCCACAAAGCCACCCAAAAUGCCUAAGGCACCCAAACCGCCGAAGGAACCCAAAAUAAAAGAAGGUGGCAAAAAGAAAGCGAAGAAAGCUAAAGAAAGUAUUUUACCUGAGAAAAAGCCCUCAAGUCUGGCAGCUCUUGAAUCCCAUGCAAAGGACAUCCUGAACAAGAUGGACCAGCCCAAAAAACUGGUAAAGACUGGGAUGAGUAUUAUGGAGAAGGAGACGAGUAAACCAAAUGACGUUGAUAAGUUCAAGAUGAUUCGAGAGCAUAAUAAGAACAAGACGGAGGCCAAAUGGAAAUAUAAGAACAGCAAACCCGAUUCAUUAUUGAAAAUGGAAGAAGAGCACAAGUUUGACAAAAGUCUACUCAGCCAUAAAGACAAUAAAUUUGCAUUUUCAUUGUCAAAUAAGAAGUUGUUAGGAUCAAAGAUGCUUAAGACCCAGACCAAUUCGAGUGUUUUUGGCUCAAUACAGAACAUUAAGGAAGAAAAACCCAAGCCUGUGAGAGACGAGUAUGAGUAUGUCUCUGAUGAAGGGGAGCUUAAGAUCGACGAAUUCCCAAUCAGGAGGAAAAAGAACGCAGUCAAGAGAGACUUUUCCUUUUUAUCAAACAUCAAAGAGCCCAUUCAGCCAGCCAAAAAGCCAAAGCUACAACAGUCGGACAUGAAGAGUCCAGAUUCGUCAGAGGAGGAAUCGCUCCAUAUUGACACAGAGGCCAAGACGGAGGUCAAAGGUCGUAACUCCAAGGUCUCUAAGAAUAAAGGGGGCAGUUCAGCUGGGAUUCUGGAUCUCCUACAGGCCAGCAAACAAGUGGGCGGCAUUGACUACAGCAACAACAGUCAGCCACCUGCAUCCCCCAGCACACAGGAGGCCAUCCAGGGCAUGCUGUCCAUGGCUAACCUGCAGUCAUCAGACUCUCUUCUGCAAACGUCCUGGAGCAAUAGCCAAGCAAAGAACAACUCGCACAGCAGCACAGCCAGCAAGAAGCCGAGCAACGUGACCGGAGCAACAGCAAGCAACAGCAAGCGACCGGCCAAACGCUUACCCAAGAAGACGCAAAAGAGCAGCAGUGUGGACAGUUUGGACAUGUUCGAUGAUGACCAGGACCACAUGGAUGCUUGCUUUAAGGAUUCUGAUUAUGUUUAUCCGUCUCUGGAAUCUGAGGAAGACAGCCCCAUUUUCAAAUCAAGAUCCAAAAAAAGGAAAAAUACAGAUGACACUCCAUAUAGUCCAACAGCACGAGUUGGGCCUACUGUACCACGACAGGAGAGACCAGCUCGGGAGGGGGCACGAGUGGCAUCCAUAGAGACAGGAUUGGCAGCUGCGGCAGCUAAAUUGUCUCAUCAGGAGGAGCAGAAGAUCAAGAAGAAGAAAAAGAGUACCAAAAAGAAGCCCAUGGCUGUAGAGGAGCCUCACAAACUCUCUCAGGACAGCAGCUCUCCAGAACCCACCCCGGAAUCUGAGACCAACCAGGGCAACCAUGAAUACAGCACUGGAACGAGCAAGACCGCCGGCAGCUCGCAACCCAUGGCCCCCGGAGUCUUCCUCAGCCAGAGACGGCCUUCAUCAUCAUCGUCAUCUCAGAACACCUUAUCUGUCCCGCCAGCGAAAGUCGAACGUGGGAACUCGACGGACUCCAAAGCCAAGCGGCUAAAGAAAGGAAUGGCAACGGCCAAACAGAGACUUGGAAAAAUCUUAAAGAUUCAUCGCAACGGCAAGCUCCUGCUGUAACGUGGACAAUGGGCGACUCAGGCGUUCUCCUGAUGUUAUUGGACCCGAGGACUGAUUCCUCCCUCCCUCGAUGAGCUGGGAUGAGAGCAUAAGGACAGAAACAGACGGGAAUGCCAACAGGAUCCCACAAGUUUUAAAUUUCUAAGAAGAACAUAGCUCAGAUAGGUUUUUGCCUUUUCUUUUACUUUAUAAUUUUCAGAUAUUAAAAAUGUACAGAAUACCUGCUAUUAAUAUUUUGUAAGAAGAAUUUGUCUUGUUUUACUACGGCUAUCAGUUUAUCAGGGGUUGCUAAUAUAUUCUAAGAUACAGUACAUAGCAGUCAUUCCAAGAUAAAGAAAGUAUCCCUUGCAUGUAUUCCGUUUGCAUGCAUUGUUUUGAGGAGGGGAAAGGGUUGGUGGAAGGUUGCAAACAAGAAAUUCAUUACUGCUUUUUGGAUGUGGCUUAUCAUUGUCUUUUUUUAUUUUUUAACAAGUAUACUGAAGACUUGACGAAUUUCACAACUGGCGGGUGAUUUUAAAUUCCCUCAUUUGGAAUUU